AUGUCUCUCCCCCCCCCACAGAUCAAAUCCCCCUCGGACCUAGCCAACGUCGCGCGCACCUCCCGCAUCCACCACUUCCUCUCCGUCCCGCUCCUCUACCACACCGUGACCCUGCGACGGCCCAGCCGGCGGCCCAAAGCCGGCGGAAAGUACAUGGCCCUCAGCGCGCUGAUGAAGCCCGGAAUUGCGGCCUGCGUAAAGGUGCUCAAGAUCGUCGGCGACGAGGAGGAGCGCGACCGCGACGCCGAGGAUGAGUGGUGGGAGCGCGCGCAGUGGAGCGACGAGGACACGGUGUGGGCGGUGGCUGUGGCUGGGGUGCUGGCUGGGUGUACGAGGUUGGAAACGUUCUGGUGGAAGCCGGACGACUAUGUACACCCGUUACUAUUCACAGCGCUGGUGCGCAACCCGACGCUGAAGGAGCUCAAGAUAUCCCAUCCCGUCAUUCCGCCAUAUCACCCCUCCACGAACGGCAAGACUGGUGCCGGCAAGUCGUUAGCCCACAAGGGCUUCUCGAACAACCCCUCGAUACACCGGCCUCCCCUCACCUCCGUCCCGCCCUUCCGCACGCUACGUAGACUCUGCCUAACCAACCUUCCCAGCGUCUCCGCCUUCAUCGACGACUACAGCCCCGCCAUCUUCUUCUCCCCCACGCUCGAAAGCAUCUCCCUCUCCUGGCGCGACCCCACCCCCCUCGGCCGCAUGCUCUUCCUCCAGCGCAUCCUGCAACAGAAAAAGCCCCCCACCGCCCGCGGCGUCGGCAUCGGCGUCGGCACCGGCCGCCCUGGCGACCCCCAAACCGCGGGCAAACUCCGCCUCAAGGAGCUGGAGCUCCGAAACGUCGUCUUCGACUUCCCCAUGGUUGGCGACAUCAAGGAGUGGCUCGACAUGGCCCAGCUGGAGAAGCUCAGCCUCCUCGACUGCGAGGUCAUUGACGUCGCAAGCUGGCUGGAACUCAUCGGUGCGGGCUCCCACGGCGCAAUCAUUGAGUCCGAGCAGCCGACAGGCUUCCUCAGCGGCGGAGGCGGCUUCACGGUGAACGCGGAGUCGCCUGGCGCGGCGUCGCCGGUGGUGAGUACGCCCGGGACGACGCCGGGGUCGACGGCCUCGGUGAUUAGGGUCGUGCAGCUGAAGCUGAAGUCGUUGCGCAUCAACUCGUGUGCGGCGCACUGGGCGCUGCUGCUGAACAGCUUUGAUGGACUGGAGGAGCUGUAUAUCCUGGACCCGCCGGUGGUUGCGCACGACGAGGCGGAGAACGCGACGAGGUUCUUGGAGGCGAUUGAGAGGCAUCAUGGGGCGACGCUGAAGAGGCUGAGGCUGUGCUCGAGGUGGAGCUAUGAGAGGUUGGAUGUGAGUAGGCUGUUUAGGUCCUGUGCGGGGCUGGAGGAACUGGCGAUUUCGAUGCUGCAUAGUCAAUGGAAAAUACUGGACAUCCUCAUCGUCUUCCUCACGCGCCUGCGCUACAUCCACAUCCUCGCGGUGGCGCCGCUCACGCGCGAAGACGUGAUGGCGGAGAUGCGCCAGAACACGCCCAUGAUGGAGAUUCGCCUGGCGCAGACGGACCUGCGCAAUCUGGAGGUGUUUGCGUUUCAUAACUUUGGGCACCGCGCGGAUAGGGUGCCGGUGUGGGAUGAGGCGCGGGGGAGGUGGGUGAGGAAGGGGAGGUUUGUGGAGCUGGAGGAUGUGUGGGACUGGGCGGGCAUAUGGAGGGCGGAGAGGGUGGAGUAG